UGUUGUUAUUUUCGGACAACCAUUGCUCACCCAGCAUGAUUUCCCAGGGGAUCCCUGUUUUUGCAGGGAUCUGGUCUCUGCCCGCAUCUGCUCACAACCACGGCUUUGCCUUCCAGAUCCCCCAGGACGUGAUGCUCCAGCUUUGCAACUCCUACUUGGCAGCGGACACCCAGCCUCUCUCCUUCUCUGAGCUGAUGGGGGAAGGCCGGGAUUCCCGGAUUGACUUGGAAGUCAGUAUCCAAAGCCUGCUCAAGGAGUCCUUCGACCGCUUCAAGGGGUGGCUUGGCAUGCCUGGACCCCUCAACACGGAGAUCUCGUGCAAGAAGGUGGGGGACGUGCACCCCCUGCGCCUGUGGAAGGUGUCCACGGAAGUAGAGGCACCCCCUCAGGCGGUGCUUCAGCGGGUGCUCCGGGAACGGCGCCUGUGGGACGAAGACCUCCUGCAGGAGAAAGUGAUGGAGGCCCUGGACCACAACACGGAGGUCUACCACUAUGUGACGGACAGCAUGGCGCCCCACCCGCGGCGAGACUUCCUCGUCCUCCGAAAAUGGCGCUCAGACUUGCCCCGAGGAGGCUGCCUCCUCGUGUCCUUAUCCCUGGACCAUAAGACGUUGCCCCUGGAAGGUGGGGUCCGGGCAGUGGUCCUGACCUCCCAGUACUUGAUGGAGCCCUGUGGGAUGGGGCGCUCCAGAGUGACCCAUAUCUGCCGCGCAGAUCUCAGGGGACGGUCUCCAGACUGGUACAGCAAAGUUUUCGGCCGCCUCUGCCGCCAUGGAGCUGGCCAGAUCCGAGACUCUUUCCCGGCACUCGACCCAAGUGCCGUCCAGAGACAAAGAUCUGAAGGGGGCUUCUGGCGCUCUUGGACGCUCUUGGAAUGUGGAGUGGCUUCAGCCUUCGCUAGAGGGGAGGAGCUUUUCCAGGUGCCUGAACACCUGCGAACUGAGCAGCCUCUGCCCCUCCUAUCCAGAAACAUCAGCUCUUCAAGGCUGAGCUGCCCCGAGGAGCAGAAAGGUCUCCGUUCGUGACGGUGCCCUUUCCUGGUUGAGCAGCGUGCUUCAAGUCUAGGAAGCCAUCUUGGAGGUUCCUUCUCAAAGCCUCUGAGGGCUGUCCGUCCACUCCCCACACCACCAAUGGAUCCAGCAUCCAGAUACCCAUUUAGCUGUGAUUCCUGCAUUGCAGGGGUUGGAUUGGAUAACCCUUGGGGUCCCUUCCAAUUCUACAAUUUCAGGGGAAAGGAGAAGAGCUGGGCCACAGGGGUGGAGGUGGGUGAGAAGCAUCUCCACCUGCAAAUCUUCUAAGGUUGUGGGCUGGCAAGGAGGUCCACCACCAGCCAAAGGAAGACAUUCCUAGGCUAGGUGAACCCAACUGUCUGAAUCUAGCCUAAAUAAACUAGUUCUGGGUUGGAUGUGAUGACCCUCAAGGUCCCUUCUCCCAGCUCUACAGUUCUGUGAUUCUGUGACGGCAGCAUUGAUGGAGAUGGCGUGCAGAGGGAUGCCAGAGGAGGGCAAAGUUGUCUACAGGAGUCAGGGGAUUGACGCUGUAGGGAACAGGGAAGGUUAGUUGGCGGUCAAGUGUGUGUAGGAGGCAUUGCAGGAUGAACAGCCGUGUUGUAGCACAUGGGGGCAAGAGUGUAUGUACGUGUGUAGGAGAGGGAGAGGAGGAGCCAGGCAAACAUUGUUUUAUUCCUAUUUGCUGCCAUCAUUCCUGCAUGGCAGGGGGUUGCGCUUUAGAUGACCCUCAGGGUCCUUUCCAACCCUAUGAUUCUUAUCACAUGAGUGGCACAGAACUGGAAACUAAGUCCAGGUGUUUCCACUUUUGCACCGGAGGCCUUUCACUUAACAUGACAAAGAGCCCAUUGGCUCAGAGAUAUUUGAUGCUAUUCUUGGCAAAAUCAAAGGGCGAUGGAUGCAGAUGAGUGUGACCAAAGCCUGGGGUCUUGUGUCCUCUGAG